GCAAAUGAAAAAUCUAUGAAGACGAGGCCAUGAACCCCACUUCUACUUGAACUACAUAAACUGCAUGUCAUCUUGGCUGAUCGUCAGUCUCAAUCAUGAUCACGCGAGUAUUCUUCAGUCUUGCCUUUGUGGUCUCCGUGUCCUUGGCCUUUCCUCAUUUGCCAACGUCCAAAAUCCCCGAUUGCCAGGAUGUGCCAGAGGGAACAUACUUUCCGGAUCCCACUAGUUGUGCCAAAUAUUGGACUUGCACCAAUGAUGGGCCCGUUCUGAGCGAAUGUACCGGUGGAUUAUUCUUCAAUUUCGAUUUGGAAGUUUGCGACUACCCGGAGAAUGUAGAUUGCGACCAAGGGAUUACUUCAAGCACUUCUACCAGUGGGGAUCUAACCACGGAUUGGAUUACAACCACCCCUUCCAUUUCCACUACGAAUUUGUACACUACCGACACAACUGCUUGGACAAGUUUGGGCCCUGAUGUCACCACUGGAGGAAGUGAUUUAACCACUCAGGUUGGAGAAGCCCCGGAUUGUCGCGACCAGCCCGAGGGCACCCAUUUCCCUGAUCCUUUUGAUUGUGCCAGAUUUUGGACCUGUACCAACGAUGGACCCAUCCUUAAUGUCUGUCCUGAUGGCCUCUUCUUUAAUAUUGAUCUGGAGGCAUGUGACUUUGAGGAGAACGUGGACUGUGGGCAUAUCAGUUCAACUGAAGGCCCUGAAAAAUAAUUUCUUUCCGCCUAGUUUACAGCUCUCGUUACGUAACAUUACAAGUGCAAAAUGAAAAUGAAAUAAAAAUCAUUUUGUAAUCUUGA